UGUCACAAGUUAGCCUGCAGUUUCUUGUUUGUGUAUUCUUACCUCCUUGCUGUAGUGCUGUUCCUGAUCCCUUUCACAUUUUGCUGAGGCUAUGAGCUCCUCGGAGACACCGCAGCCUCUCCUGGAACAGCUUCAGUGUUUGGCACAGAGAGUCAAUGUCCAGCAGGCCUUUCAAGAACAAAUUAUGCAGUGUCUGCAGGAACUUUCCUCCCAGUUGAAUCAGCUGCAGGUUGUGUCCACUUCCUCUCCAUCUGUUUCGGCUCCUGUUCUGGUUCCUGCUGCUCCAACGCCCGCUGUUCCUCUUGUGGAACACAGUCAUUCGAAACUCCAGUUGCCUCCACCGCCUUGCUUCUCUGGUGAUUCCAAAGCUUGUCGGGGCUUCAUCAAACAGUGCUCAAUUCACUUUGAACUAGCAGCCCACCAUUUUCCUACUGACCGUUCCAAGGUGGCGUACAUGAUCUCCCUUCUUUCCGGUGAAGCACUGGCUUGGGCCUUG